UUGACACAAACACACCUGCAGAUAUGAUCACAAUGUUUUAACUCACUAGUAUAGUAACUAUUGUGAGAGAAGCAGAGAAGAAUACGUGGUUCAACACACAACCAAACAUCCAGGAAAUGGCUUCGGCCUUCAGCCUUCUGCCGGAGAAGUAUUUCCGGUGCACGCUGUGUGAGGAUAUCUUCAGCAGUCCGGUCACAACACCUUGUGGUCACAGCUUCUGUAAAGUGUGUUUGCGCAAAUACUGGAGCCGCACCGGCUCGGGCAAAUGUCCCUACUGCAGCAAGGUCUUCACCUCCAAACCUCACCUCAGCAUCAAUCGUAUACUGGCAGAUGUUACAGAGCAAUACAGAAAAUCAAGGAAGGAUGGAAAAGCCAAAUCUGUCAGUGUUGGUGGACUUUUAAACGAAACUUAUGAGCAGAUAGAGAAAACGGACACUGAGGUGGAGCACAUGAUCGAAGAGAGGAUUCAGAAAAUGGAUAAACUCAAGCAGUCUCUUAAACUCCUGAAGAGCUCGUGUCUGCGGGAGGUGCAGGAGAGUCAUAGGGUCUUCUCUGCCCUCCUCAGCUCGGUGGAGGCAGCUCACAAAGCGGUGGUAGCCGAGGUGGAGGAGAAACAACAAGAGGCUGAGAAACGAGUGGAGCGUCUCAUGAAGGAGCUGGAGAAAGAGAUCGCAGAACUGGAGAGUGGACAGACAACACCAGACGAUCUUCUGGAUACUAAGGACUUUCUUAAAAGAAGUUUCCUUCAUUUACCCAGAGAGAUGAGGGACUGGUCAAAGGUGACUCUGGAGACAGAGCCGUGUGUGGGAUUCACCAGGAAAGCCGUGAGCGAUUUCGUCAACACCGUCAGGGCCGAGGCUAACAAACUCUCUAAAGCAGAGCUGAACAAGCUGCAGAUAUACACAGUGGAGCUCACACUGAACCCUCGUACAGCUCACGCCAACCUCUCGAUCUCAGACGACAGGAAGCAGGUCAGACACACCACCAAGGAGCAGGAGGUUCCUGAAAAUCCCAAAAGGUUUGACCGUGUGACCAACGUGAUGUCCAAGGAAGCCUUCAUCUCAGGUCGACACUACUGGGAAGUGGAAGUAGGAAACAAGACAGACUGGGACCUCGGCGUGGUAAGAAACUCUGUUAACAGGAAGGGGAAAUUUACCGUCAGUCCAUCAAACGGCUUCUGGACGCUCAGCCUGAGGAGCGGAAAUCAGUACACGGCCAACACGCUGCCGCCGACCUGUCUGUCCCUCACCUCCAAACCCAGAAAGGUGGCCAUUUAUCUGGAUUACGAUAUGGGACGUGUUUCCUUCUUCUGUCCUGAUUCAGGGAUUCAUAUCUACACGUUUACAGACAAGUUUAAUGAAAGACUUCAUCCGAUUUUUAACCCCAGGCGACUGCACGGAGGCAAAAACGCUGCGCCGCUCGUCCUCACCAGCAACUGCUACACCAUUUAAUCUUGGGUUUUAUUUUCGUGUUCAGAAGAUUACAGUUAAAUCUCUAAUGAGCUUGAAAAAGAAAAGACACAACUAAUUUAUUUUAUUAUAAUUACAUAAUAAAUAUCUAUUACACU